AUGCUCACCAGAACAGCAACAAUAGUCAGAAUGGUAGACUUACCCAAAAGGAAGAAGAACAGACAUUCUACAUUUUUCAUCCAAGAACAAUCCCGAAAUAGUUUUGCAAAGAAAAUCGAUAAAUAUGGACAUUUCAGCAAAAAUCAUCAAAGAAAAGGUUCAGAGAAGCAUAUCCAGCUGAAUAAUGUCAUUAAGAAAAAUUUAACUCAAAAACUGCCGCCAAGGAUCUCCUCAUCUAGCACUAGAUUGGACCCUUUGAAGUUAGCCAAACUUGAUUCUAAAAAGAAUGAUUCAUCAUCGGAGGAGUAUGAGACUCCUUUUAAAAAGAUAAAGUAUCAUAGCAUUAGGAACACUCCAAUGAGGAAAUAAGAGUCUAAAUUUGAGGCCUCUUCCAAUGUUGCCAAAUGUUAGGGAUCUCCUCCUACCUCCAGCACUACAGAAGAAGAAUAAAAAUAGAACUUGAAGUCAUCAAAGAAACGAUUUGGGGCUAACCCCGUUGCAAAAGCGGAGUGCAGGCAUGAACUUGAAAUUGGAUACGAAUCUAAUGAAGAAGAUAUCUGCUCCACAUUCUUCAGAAUGUGUUCCUUCAGAUAAAGGAUUCUCUCGAAACUCGAAACCUCCACUUUCGGCUCAGUUGAAGAACACGACAUCUGGGAAGGCUAAAGAGAAGGCUUUGUUUUUUCUUCCUCAUAAUUUUAAGAUUAAAAAGUAGGUUUUUACCUUAUUUUCAAAACUUUAUAAAAUUUCUAAAAUCCCUCAACUACCAAAUUUUCUCUUCCAUGUGAAUUGAUGUUAGUGGUCGAGGAAGAGGUCUUAAGAGAAUAUAUAUCCAAAUUUUGCUUCUGAGGUCAUUCUUAAGCUCAGUCUGGCAGAUUUGGUUAAUGAUUAGCUACAAGAAAGCCUAUCUAAAGUUUUACUGACUUUGUGCCAAAUACUAAUCUAACUUCUAUAGUAAAGCAAAUUGCAAUUCAUUGAUCCAGUCACUUCUAAAGAGAUCUAUAGAGUACAGGAAGAAGUUUGAUACAAGUGUAAGACUUCCAAAGCUAAACCAAAACAGUAUGUAAACCUAAUCCUUUUCAAUAAUA